GAGAAACGUUGAAUUUUAGCGCGUAGUUGAAAGUGUGAAGUGGAAACAUGAUUUCCCAAGUGUUUAUUCUGUCAUGUCAGGGAGAUAAUCUCAUCUACAGAGACUUCCGUGGUGACGUCGGUAAAGACUCCAUGAGCACGUUUUACGAGAUGGUUUCAGCUCUGAGUGGAGAUCAGCCUCCCGUUGUCAUGACUCAUAAAGACGUCAAGUUUAUUCAUAUCAGACACGCCGGACUUUACUGGGUCGUCUCGACACAGACGGACCCGUCUCCGUUCACCAUCAUCGACUUUCUCAACAGGUUUUCGUCUCUGAUUAAGGAUUACUGCGGCGGUGUGUGUGAGAAAACCAUCCGCAUGAACUUCGCUCUGAUCUACGAGCUCCUGGACGAGAUGGUGGAUUACGGUUACAUCCAGACGACCUCCACGGACAUCCUGAAGAAUUUUAUACAGACGGAGCCGGUCUCGUCCAAACCCUUCAGUCUGUUCGACCUCAGUAAUGUAGCUCUGUUUGGAGCAGAUACGCAGCAGAGUAAAGUCGCUCCCAGUACUGCAGCUACACGCCCCAUAAUGGCUUCUCACGGUGAACAGGGGGGGAGGAACGAGAUCUUUGUGGACGUGGUGGAGAGACUGUCGGUGGUUAUCGGCACCAACGGAGUCCUGAUGAAAGCUGACGUUACCGGAGAGAUCAGAGUUAAGUGCUACCUUCCAACAUGUCCAGAGAUCAGGAUCGGUUUGCUUGAGGAGUUCAGUAUCGGGAAGUCACAGGUCAGAGGUUAUGGAGCAGCCGUGCGGGUGGAUGAGUGCAGCUUCCACCAGGCCGUCAAUCUCGAUGAGUUCGAUGCCUACAGGAUUUUAAAAAUCUGUCCAGGCCAAGGAGAGCAAUCCAUAAUGCAGUACCAGCUAAGUGAUGAGCUACCCUGUCCCCCGCCAUUCCGCCUCUUCCCCACAGUGGAAAAGGAUUAUGGGAACAGGUUGCUGAUCUUCCUGAAGCUGCGCUGUGAUCUUCCACCUCAAAGGUUCAGGCUCUUGCUGAAACGUGCUCGUCUCUCAGGGUCUCAGCAGUCCGGACCAGACAGCAGAACUUCAGCCCAGAAACAAAGCCAUCCAGUGGGACAUCCCCCGCUUCCCAGGAGGGGCUCAGCUCUCCGCCCUGUUCAAGGUGGAGGUUCCAGGUCUCAGCUCGGCCUCUCUGAUGGAGGUGGGACCCGUCAGUAUGAGCUUCGAACUCCCCAAACACACCUGCACGGGACUGCAGAUCCGAUUCGUGCGCCUGUCUCCCACCCAGCAGGGCCCGUCUCACCGCUGGGUCCGCUACGUCACACACUCCGACUCCUACACCAUCCGAAUAUGAUGCUCACACACACUCACACACACACACACGUCAUCAGCGGCACUGAACUGUCGAACCUGACUGUUAUAGCUUUUUGAUUUGUAUACAUUGGGGGUCCGGUGGGACGGUGCAGCUUCUGGUGUGUGUGGUGCACAGUGGCGUACAUCCUCAGACUUGGCUUGGAGCUAUUUAUUAAAACCACCUCCUUGUUUCUACACUCUCCACUUACCAUAUAGAAGCA